AUGGGCCCACUGUUGGUAUCACAUACAUACUUGGCAUGGGCCCACCUUUUGGGGAUGAUGGAGAUGGGGGAUGAUUGUGUCCUGGAAGAUGACUGCCACAUUAUACGGAGACAGCGGAUGGAGUCGUCUGAGCUCGAGAGCAGUUCUGAGCUCCAUGAGACGUGGCGAGACAACCGGAACAUAUGUGUCGCUCGUCGUGGGUUUGUCGGAUCCUCGCAGGAGACGUUUGGCCACGCAUUCGAUGAAGGCAGACGGCACACACUGCUGAGGAGCGGUUGCUGUGUGCGCCCUCCUGAAAACCCUGCCGGUGCGAGGCCGGUUUGGGAGUGUGUGGACCACUGGUCUUCCUUCCUACCCCCAGAGAGGCAGAGCAUCUCUGAGCUGGUGGGGAAGCCAAACACUUUGACCGCCUCAAGCGACGGUUGGAACUGUGUCCACCUCACGAGUGGGAGCUACUGCUCUGGGCCUGUGUACAUCCAACAUGGUGUACAUGUUUGA